UUUCCGACUCUGAUUUUGAAUCGCUGUCAUUUUCCGGCGACGACAAUGGCGUCAGCUUCCAAGAACAUUCAGCAAAACCCUUUCUCCUUAAAACCGCCAAGGCCUCCUACGUCUUCCUCCGGCGCUGCAUCUUCCACCGCCGUGGCUUCCACCUCAUCUGAACCCCAAAUUCGGAACCCUAACUUAACCCCUAACCCUAGCACAAACGUCUUGCCCUCGACUUCGGAUUCACCGAUUACGAUGUCACAAGAAGAUGAAAUCCUCGCACGCUCCAGUCACCUCACCCGCCCGGAGCUUCUCCGACGCCGAUCACACAACCUUAAGCAGCUCGCCAAGUGUUAUAGAGACAAUUAUUGGGCUUUAAUGGAGGAUCUCAAGGCGCAACACAGGGAUUAUUGGUGGAAGUAUGGGGUUAGUCCCUUUAAAGACGAACAUAGUCAAUCCAAUAAGAGACGAAGGAUUGGUCCUGAUGGAGAAACUGGAGAUGGUGAUGCUGUUGAAGGUAGUGGAGACAAUGGUACGAAUAAUGAUGGUGGUAAUGGUGUUAAAACUGAUCAGUAUGCGAAUAGUAAUUGUGGGAGUUGUAUGUAUGGAUGCAAAGCUAAAGCUAUGGCGCUCACCAAGUACUGUCAGUUGCAUAUUCUCAAGGAUAGUAAGCAGAAGCUCUACACUGGUUGUACAAACGUUAUAAAACGAGCUCCAGCAGGACCAUUACUUUGUGGAAAACCAACACUUGCAUCAACAGUUCCUGCACUGUGUAAUAUGCACUUCCAGAAAUCCCAAAAGCUUGUUGCUAAAGCUCUAAAGGAUGCUGGUCACAAUGUCUCUUCAACGAGUAGGCCUCCCCCGAAGCUCCAUGUUAUAGUAGCUGCAUUUGUGCAUCAUAUUCAAGCAAAAAGAAAAAACCCACAGAUGGAGGGUAAACUCAAAAGUGUUGUAAAAGAAGAAAAUACAAGCUGAAUCAUGCUCUUAGCGUUCCCAGAAGUAAUUUCUGUGUAUCAAGUUUUCGAGAAUUGAAGAAGGUGAGGAUCUUUGCCUACUGUAUCAUUCUAGGAAGAAGUGACAUAAAACUUCAUUUGUUGCGCUCUGAUUCUCUACAGAUUUUGAUACUGUGUAGGUAUUGGAUGUGGUUUAUCUGCACACCGAGCUAUUAAGACAGGUUUCGUUACAGUGCACUGUAGCCUGUAGGGUAUAGUAGAUAAGAUAGUGGUAGAUUAUUGAGAUGAAGAAGAUUCUACUUUUUUUAUAGGGUUAAUAAGAUGGUUAUAGAUCCAUACGCACAAAUACUUUAUAACUCACUCUAAAGUUCUGGAGAUGUCCUUCUCUGUUUUGUUGCAAUUUUGAUCAUUUCUAGUUUUCUACUGUUUA